AUGGCGGUGCAGAUCUCCAAGAAGCGAAAGGUGAGGGCGGCGGGCGGCCGGUGCGGAGCCGCGGGGACUGGAGCCGGGAAAUGAGGCUGAGAUGAGGAGCAGAGGGCCGAGCUGUGGGGUUUGAGGUCUCCGGAGGGGCCGGCGGCGGGGCGAGACCGGCGGAUGGAGGUGGAUUGAGGCCGGUCUCCCCGCUCUCCCGGCUGGGCCUGGCUUGAAGAACAUGGCGGCAAGGCAGAGGCCGGGUGGGCCCUGGACAGGCCGGGCUGGGAGACAAGAGAAGGCCGCUCGAGGCCCUCAAAGGUUUGCCCAGGAGAACACGGGAACCUGCGCCAUGCCCUGCUUAGGCCUUUGGUCUGCCUGGGCCUAUAUUGUCUGCACUGGCUGGCAGCAGCUCUCCAGGUUUUGGGGAAGGGGACCCUCAAAAGCGCCUGGAAGGGCCACUGGGGGUUGAGCCUGGGGCCUUCUGCACGCAACGCAAGUGCUCUCGCUGCUGAGUGCGAAGAAAUAGCUUUCUUUAAUGGAAAAAGGAUAAGAGGCUGCAUUCUAGUACCAAACUCCUAUUCCCAAAUAAAUAAGAAGGGUCUAUGACGCUAUGUAGUCUCAGCUGGAUCCCCUUUGGGGACCAUUAAAGCACCAGUAUCUCGGUGACUGGUAUAUGUAUUUGGCAGGGAUGCUGCUUGGAGGUUCUGGGGGGCUGUCACGGCUAAGAGCAAUUGCUAGGUUUGUCCCCGGAAGCUAAAUGAAGUGCUGGCGGACCAGGAGUUUUUGCAGGAAAAGGGGACUUCUUGCAGGGGUGCAUCCUGUUUUGGUGUCACUAAUGCAUUAUUUUCCUGUUGUAUGCUGCUGCUCUGACAGAGUAGUACAUUGCCUUCGUUCAGGGUAGACAAAAGUACAAGGUUUCGGCUAAAAGUUUUCUUUUAAAAAGUGGCAACCCGGUUUUAUGGACAGCACGAUCAAGAAAUUUGUGUGUGUGUGCGCGUGCGCUCAUAUCUAAAUUGUACAUGAAAGCAGGAUCAUGCCACUUAAAACAGGCAGAGCUUUCCCCAAAGCAUCCUGGAACUAAUUUAUUAUGGGUUCUGAGAGUUAUUAGACACCCCUGUUCUCCCGUAGAAAACUACAGUUCCCAGUUUCCUGUGAAGAGGGAUUGAUUGUUAAACCACUCUGGGAAGUGUAACUAUAUCACUUACCUAAGGUUCUUCCAAGAGUCACGGCAGAAACUUGGCUGGCUCUUAAUCCAGUCCAUCUCCAUUCUGAGUGAAAUUUUGAGCCUUUUGGUUAUUCUGCACAUGCACUGGGCAGGAUUGGUGCACAUCAGGCCCAGCAGAUAGUAACUGCUUGUCGAUUAUUAUUAUUAUUUAAACCAGACUUUUCCCCUGGGGUUUGCAGGGUUAAACUGCUGCUGGCUUCUCAUAAUCUGUUUUGCUCUUUAUAGUUUGUGGCUGAUGGUAUCUUCAAAGCUGAACUGAAUGAAUUCCUGACUCGGGAGCUGGCUGAAGAUGGCUACUCUGGUGUGGAGGUCAGAGUUACCCCAACCAGGACAGAAAUCAUCAUCCUUGCAACCAGGUGACUUGCAUCUGUGUGUCUGGUGGUGGGUGAACAACUCUGCCACUGCGAUAACUCAAAAGUCUGGCGGUGUGUUCAUAUAGGGUGGUUUGACUGAAUCCAGGAGGCAAUUGAAAUAUUGAAGCCUGUACCUAUUACAGACAUGUAUACACUGCAGGAAGAUUGAGUGGAUCUGUAAAUGUAGGGCUCAUGUAUUUGAAAACCAUCAAAGUUUGGGGUGGAAUAUAGGAAGCUGCCUUUUACCAAGCCAACCAUUGGAUCAUCUAACCCUGUAUUGUCGACACUGAUUGGCAGAGGUUUUCCAGGGUUUAAGACGGAGAAUAUCCCUGGCCCUACGUGGAGAGGCUAGGGCUUGAACCUGAGACCUUCUGCAUGCAUAACACAUGAUCUGCCACUGCAGCCCCUCUUCUGCAUUUUUACCAUCUACUGCAUUCCUGUUGGAUAGGAAUGGUUUCUUCCUGAAUGUUGGAGUUGGAUCAGAAGAGUUGCUGUGGUUUGCAUGGUUUCCCUAUAUAUAUAGCUCUGUAGAAGCAAACAGCUUGCUUUGUAUUCCUCACCCUUUUCAAAAACCACGGGUGCAGGAGCCACUUGGACUCACUUGGUGAUAGAUCCAGAUUCAGACAGUACUUUCCCAUGAACUGCAGGGUGAAAUACUGAUCUAGAUUGGCCUUCUGCGUGUUGAUGCCCUCUGACUGUUGUCGACGACUGUUAUCCUGGUCCCUGACAUUCGGUCAUACUGGCUGAGGCUGAUCGGAGUUGUGAUCCGUGAGGGUAGAGGUGGCCUAAGUGCUGCUGUACCUGGAAAUCUAACCCAUGUUGGGUCAAACAACAUGUUUCUAGCAUUUUCAGGAUUUUUUGCAGCAAAAAUUAAUGUGGGAUUCAUCAGUUUUAAGUGUAGCUUAGUUCCUUUUUAAAAUGUGUGUUUUUGUAGUUUUAAUUCAUUUUAUGUUGGAAAUACUAUUAUACUUCCUGUUAAUGGGUCAGGGACUGUAUAAUAAAAUUGAUUUAAUUAAGAGCUGGGCCUCUUAAUUACAUCUGCUGCAAAUGAUUUGGUGUGGAAAAACAAUGGCAGACCCUUCCACCUGUGUGUUGACCCAAGGGCUGCUUUUUGCUAAGAAAGAGUCAUGUCCAGUCCUAAAUGCACAGCCUAAUGUAACUGGGAAUAAUGCACCUUCCUCCAUAUCAGCCUACACUCACAUGGUCAGCUCCUUCAGUUUAACAUCUCUUAAUGUGUUGAACUCUGGCAGUGUCAGAGUUAGGACGGGACAAAUGGUUGCUUUUACACACUGUUUCUAAAAGGGGAAAAACCUGCUGGAUCAAGCAACCUGCCUCUUAUAUUCUCAGUGCUGAUAACUUCUAGAAUACCCCAUGUUAUUUCAGCGAUUUCAAAAUGGAGACUAAAAUAUCUGAACAUCUUAAGUGAGGACUUAAUGCCUUGCCUUUGCUCCUUCUUUCAGAACUCAGAAUGUUCUGGGCGAGAAAGGGCGCCGUAUUCGUGAGCUGACUGCUGUUGUCCAGAAGCGGUUUGGUUUUCCUGAGGGAAGUGUUGAGGUAAUGGCUUCCCCAGUUUUCACUUUCUGCUUAUUGUGUGCCAAGUUCCCCCUUCAGUGAUGAUCUGAUGACGAGUCAGAAAUGGCCACCUGCCUGCUCAGAGUAAACAGCACAGCGCCGCGUUCUGUGGUGCUGUGUGUGGGUGCUUGGGCAAAGGUGUCCUGUUCAUUGGAUGAUCUUGAGGCAUUUGUCUGAGAAGGGCGAGUCAACGGUUUUGGAGUAUUUCCUCAAACUGGUGUCGAUUUAUUGAUCUAGGCUGAUGUGAUUGUAACGCUACGAGAAUGGGGUUUGUUUUUCAGAGACAAGAGCAGCCUUGUCUAGCCAGCCACCCUCCUUCCAGCUGUCAGUGGUCCACAACUUCUAUCAGUCCAGUAUGGCCAGAGGUUGUGUUUGGUGGAAGCUGGAUCCCAAAACAUCUGGAGGGUUGCAGGAGACUAGGUUGGAGCAUUGGCUGCAAAGGUCAGAGGCUUCAAAUCUGGGUGGAUGAGGGUUAAAAUUAGCAAAGCCCCUAACCAUCAGAAUUGCGAAUCUAAAACAAAUUUGCAAACUUAAUUACCCUUUCAAGUUUCAUAUAGCUGCUGGACUCGCCAAACACCUAUGUUAACCAUUAGUGAGCUUUACAAAGCUGUAAUAAUCUACUUUUAUGCCACAACCAUGCUAGCUGGGGGUGCUGGGAAUUGUAGUUCAAAACAUUUGGAAGGUGCUGGGCUGUGUUAAGAGAAGUUCUCAGCUGUUAGCUUCCCAGCUAGUGCUGUGUUUCCAUCUCUUCCGUAUAUGGCCCUCUUACUAUUAAUUUCUUUUUAAGUUUUUAGCCCCUUUGCCCCUUCUGUGCUUGGCAUGUCUGGAAUGAUGUUUUUGCCCAGUAUUGGCCAAACAGGUUGAGUCACCUGGCUGAGCUUUCCGUAGACACUUUCCACCCUUGGAAGCGUCUCAACGGUGGCAUCUCCAAGUUGGCCAACGGUUCUGGAACCAAACUGGCUUUUAAAACGCAUUAUCAUGAUACUGCAACAAUGCACAGCGUAAGUGGGCCCUGCACUGAAAACUGGUGUGUUUAUGGGAUGCCUUGGCUCAGCCUGUGGAGCGGAGGAGAACACCUACAAACCCUUAAGGUCAUGUAAGUAUUUUCAGAGAGUUUGUGAGUGCAAAGUGAAGAUGAGCCUGUAAAGCAACAGAGGUGCCUGCAAGCCUGAACUUUGCAAAAAUAAAAAAUGGACAAAAUGUUCCUGCUUUCUUUUCCAGCUGUACGCUGAGAAGGUGGCCACGAGAGGGUUGUGCGCCAUUGCUCAAGCAGAGUCGCUGCGUUACAAGCUUCUGGGGGGCCUUGCAGUCCGUAGGUAAGCAAGCAACACUCCGUCUUAUCAUUUUGCAAUAGCGUUUAGAAAACUGGGGUUUUAAUUGUGCCUCUGCAGAAGUUUAUAAUCAACACAUUGGGCUGAAUAAAUCCCACCUUAACGCACCUUAAAGUUCCCCUCAUCUCUGCACUGGUGCAGUUGCUCCUUUCUCUUCUGCGUAAUGGGCAAAAUUAUUAAUGUAGCAUGAUGUUUCAGAGGUGGAGAGGACAAGUCAUUGCCCUGCAGAGCUUGCAAUCUGAUGUUCAAUAUAGGGAAAGGGAGAGCAGAGUGGGGAGACCCUGACCCAGGCAAGUUUAUGCCACAACGAAUUUGCGAGAUUCUUGUUUCUACUCGAGCUAACUUGCCUUGCCAGAUUCCCCCAAAGUAUGGCCUCUUCCUUGAGCGUUGUUGAAUGGCAACCCUUGUAAGAAAGGAAAGAAAAAACCCUUCAGUGAUGAUACGAUGACGAGUCAGAAACGGCUGCCAUCUGCUUGGAGUAAACCGCUCAGUGCUACGUUCUGUGGCGCUGUGCUUGGGUACUCCCAACAGAGGCGUCCUGUUCAUUGAAUGAUCUUGAGGCAUUUGUCUGAGAAGGGAUGAAGUCCAAUGUUGGAAGUCUAUGGGGAUGGGGGGGUGGGUUGUCCUGCUUAACUUGAUAAUAAAGCAGUAGAUCAGAGGAGAAGGCCCAGCGCAGUUCAACGGAGAGUUUUCCUUCUCUUCUAGGGCGUGUUACGGUGUCCUCCGCUUCAUCAUGGAGAGUGGAGCCAAGGGCUGCGAAGUGGUGGUGUCGGGAAAGCUCCGUGGCCAGCGAGCCAAGUCCAUGAAAUUCGUGGAUGGCCUGAUGAUCCACAGCGGAGACCCCGUCAACUACUACGUCGACACGGCUGUCCGCCACGUCCUCCUCAGGCAGGGUGAGUGGGGGCGGGGCAGGCAAUCUCUCAGGCAGCCCCCAGUUGGCUUCCUUGUUACUAAAAAGAUUCUGGGCCUUCUGUAACCCCCGGCUGCUUCGUAGGCUAGCUAGGCUGGUUCUCACGUUGCAUCAAGCCAUGGUUUGGCAGUAGGUCGGAAGCGGGGAACCUUCUUUGGCUCUUCCCAGCCUCCUUGAAUGUUCCGUUCUGGAGGGCCACGUGCCAGUAGUGUAGGGGGCCAGAGGCAAAAGGCAGGGAGAACAUCUGAUGUUACCUCUGCACAGUGUGGGAACUUCUGUGUACUUUUAACAUAGGGCCCUAAGGAAUUUAGAUUAGCCUCAACCAGAGCCAGGGCCUUUUCAACACUGGCCCCGGCUGGGACUCAUGAGACCAGGGCCCUGCAGGAUCUGAUUUCUUUCCGCAUUUCUGGCCUUUGGCUUGGAAUCUAUUUGAUUCCCUCUUUCUUUUUUCCUUUCUCCUCCUGUGAUGGAAUUCCUAUUUGGGGACUUCCCUGGCUUUUUUCCGGCCCAAGUAGGACCAAUCUGGAUAGUUAGCCUUGGUGAAGAUUUGACGUUUUCAUCCCCAAAAAAGUUUUGAUUUGAUUUGAGUUUCUGUUGAAAUGAGGCUGCAUUUUAAUGUUUGAAUGUUGUCUUUUAAUCUUGUUUUUAAGUUGUAUUUCAAUCAAUUUGUUUUUAUAUCGGUUGUUAGCCCGGUCUUGGCUGGGGAGGGCGGGGUAUAAAUAAAAUUUAUUAUUAUUAUUAUUUCCCUUUCUACCCUGAAUCUAGGAGAACAAGAGAGAACAAGCAUUAUCAAGAGUUCACAGCCAGGGCCGGUGAAGGGUGUGGUCUGGGGAGAGAAAUCCCAGGGGCCAGAUAGAGGCCUGCAUUUGGACCUAAGGUUUCAGACCCCUGCACUAGAUGAUUGAGCCUUCAAGGACCUUUGGUCUUAUUGGUACCCCUUCUUCCUUGGUUUGAGGCAAACCAUAGUUUGCUGUCUUGUCAUAGCUUGCACCUGUCUUGCUAACAGUGCUUAAAAACCUCAUUUCUUAUCUUAGCUUGGUAUAAAUAAUAAAGUUGUUAUUAUACAAUAGUUGCUGGUUGGGACAAAAUUGCACACUGGUUUGCCUCAAGCCAAGGGAAGGAACCGCCAUGUGUUGAGGGGGAAGCACUGAACCUGUAACUCGUUGAAAGCUCAGUUUCACGGCCUGUGAACUAGCUUGCAGAAGUGUCUUGAGAAUCUUUUCUGGCUUGUUUCUCUAUUUUUCAUACAUAGCUGUGAGAGGUGCCCAAGGACAAUGUUCUGAAACACCAAACCCCCCAAUACUGUGAGAGGGGAAUUGCCUGCUUGGUCUCUCUCUCUACAAGGACAGCAAAGCCUAAGACCAGGCAUAGGCAAACUUGGUGGUCCAAGACAGAAUGAAGGCCUAGGCUGUGGGUGGCAGAGGAAACACUCUGCCCAGGCUGCUUUUCUUGACAGUGUCUCCUUGUUACUCCAGGUGUUCUGGGCAUUAAAGUGAAAAUCAUGCUUCCCUGGGACCCAAGCGGGAAAAUUGGCCCCAAGAAGCCCUUGCCAGACCACGUCAGCAUCGUGGAGCCCAAGGAGGAGAUCUUGCCCACCACCCCCAUCUCGGAGCAGAAAGGCACAAAGCCAGAACAGCCCCCCAUGCCGCAGCCCGUCCCCACGGCAUAAGGGGUGAGUCACGUUGCUUUAUUCCUCACGGGCUUUUGGGAGAAAACGUUGGGGGUGAGCCGCAGUGUAAAUAAUAAUAAUUAAUAAUUUAUUAUUUAUACCCCGCCCAUCUGGCUGGGCUUCCCCAGCCACUCUGGGUGGCUUCCAACAAAAUAUUAAAAUACAAUAAUGCAUCAAACAUUAAAAGCUUCCCUAAACAGGGCUGCCUUUAGAUGUCUUCCAAAAGUCUGGUAACAGCUGUUCUUUGACAUCUGGUGGGAGGGCGUUCCACAGGGCGGGUGCCACUACCAAGAAGGCCCUCGGCACUGGACCUCAGUGUCCGUUUAGAACGAUGGGGGUGGAGACGCUCCUUCAGAUAUACUGGACCGAGGCCGUUUAGGGCUUUCAAGGUCAGCACCAACACUUUGAAUUGUGCUCGGAAACGUACUGCACUUCUUGGCUGCAUGUUGCUGCUAGUGUUUCGUAGAGGGCAAUCAGUGUAUUUAAUGCUUUAUAACUGCAGCCCACCAGAUGUUGCGGGACUACAACUCCUAUCAUCGCUCACCACUGGCUUUGUUGGCUCAUGGGAGCAGGAGUCUGUCAACCUCUGGAGAACUACAGGUUCCCUGUACCUGCUUUACAGGGAUAAAACAACGCAGGCUGUUGCCCCAGGGAUUGUGUUCAUGGUAUGGGUAUUAGCUCCCCACUCACUAAUUCUUCGGUUUCUGUUGCAGGUUUAAAAACAUCUGGAACAAAGAGUUUGGCGUCUUGUACAAAUAUCUCUUUAAUAAAAUCAGAAAAAGACAACAUGCUGGAGGUUGUUUCUGUUACCUGCUCACCUUACUUUUUUUUGCCCGCUCUGGGACCUAA